AUGGCCUCAGCAGUACUUAGUUCAGUUCCCACUACUGCUUCUCGAUUUGCCCUGUUACAAGUGGAUAGUGGCAGUGGUUCUGAUUCUGAGCCUGGAAAAGGAAAAGGUCGGAAUACUGGGAAAUCUCAAUCUUUGGGAAAUAAAUCAACUACAAAUGAGAAAAAGAGAGAGAAAAGAAGAAAAAAGAAGGAACAGCAACAGAGUGAAGCAAAUGAGCUUAGGAAUCUUGCUUUUAAGAAAAUUCCCCAAAAAUCUUCCCAUGCCAUUUGUAACGCUCAACAUGAACUUUCAAUGUCCAACCCAGUACAGAAGGAUUCACGAGAAGAAAAUUGGCAAGAGUGGAGACAAAGAGAUGAGCAGCUGACAACUGAAAUGUUUGAAGCUGAUCUUGAGAAGGCAUUGUUGCUAAGUAAAUUAGAAUAUGAAGAGCGCAAAAAGGAGUAUGAAAAUUCUGAAUAUGUUUCAACUCAGUCAAAGGGUAUGAAUAAAAAGGAUAAAAGAAAGAAUCAUCAGGGAAAAGACAAACCUCUGACAGUAUCACUAAAAGAUUUUCAAUCUGAAGAUCAUGUUAGUAGAAAGUCUGAGGAUGUCAUCAUCAAAGGUGGAAGAGUGGAAACUCUGAAACUUGCUCUCCAGCGUAGAGAUGCUAAGACAAAUGGAAGCAUUGCCGAGGUACAAGAACUGAAUAGAAAAACCCUUGUGGCACAGUGGGUUGCAAAGUAUAAAGAAGUAAAGGCAAGAAAUGCACAGCUACUGAAAAUGCUUCAGGAAGGUGAAAUGAAAGAUAAAGCAGAAAUACUUCUGCAAGUUGAUGAAUCACAAAGUAUCAAGAAUGAGCUAACUAUACAGGUUACUUCACUUCAUGCUGCAUUAGAACAAGAAAGAUCUAAAGUGAAAGUAUUACAAGCAGAACUAGCCAAAUACCAGGGUGGCAGAAAAGGGAAAAGAAACUCUGAAUCGGACCAGUGUAGGUGA